ACUGUUACAACUGGCUGGAUUCACGAGCACACUCAGUUUCAGCCAAAACUUGGAAACAACAAUUGCCUUAUCCACUACAUUUUCCUUUGAAAAGAUGCUGGUGCUGAUUCUCCUCUCAGCCUGUGUUGGCGUCGUGCAGUCAUAUAAGAGCGGACAGGUUAGCGGUGUGUGUGACUCUAUGACACCCCGACACUCAACACACACCGCACAGACCAGUACCUCUCCGUUCACUGUUACUGCUGACAAGAAUAUCUUUACAGAUGGCGAAGAAAUCACAGUAACACUAAGCGCACCAUCUACAGUGGUAUUUGAAGGGUUUAUGCUACAAGCACGAAAAGUCGGAUCGAGCACUCCGAUUGGCACUUUUACUGUGAUGCCCACUGGUUCGCAAGGCCUCCCCUGCAAUGGAGUGGCUAAUAGAGCAGUUUCUCACACAUCAGACAAUGGAAAGACUUCAAUACAGACUAAAUGGAAGGCCCCUACAUCUGAACUUGGCAAUAUAGAGUUCAGAGCAACAUUUGCACAAAAAUUUGAAACCUUUUGGGUUGGUGUCAAAAGCUCGGUGAUAACAUAUAAUGGUACAGGGACUGCUACUGUGGCCCCAACCGUGCCUACAGUAAAUUCUGAGUGUGGGAAAAGCAAAGUCUGUUUCAGUCAGCCCAGCAACUGUGACCCAUUGACCAAUACAGACUGUUACUUCAUGUCAGUUCGGACAGCAACUAAUCAAUCACAGAUGGAGAUUGAAAUAAUUGGCAAGGCUGAUGGAUACGUGGCAACUGGAUUUUCAGAUGACCAAAACAUGGGCAAUGAUGACAUCUAUAUCUGUGGGAAGGACAUAAGCGGCGUCCUCCAAGUGCAACAUGCUUUUUCCACUGGAAAAGUUGCUCCAAAUAUUCUUCAGCUGGGGAAUGUGUCUGACAUCAAGAAAGCGCUGACAAAUGGAGUUAUCAAUUGUUCUUUCACGACUCGUAAUUCCAUAAGCACAGGAAGUAGAGCAGCGUCUUCUAGUGAGUACUUCCUCAUGAUUGCGUCAGGAUCCUCCAAUCAAGGUAAAAUCACGUUACAUACAAAUAAAUACGUCAGUGCUAGCAAGGCUAAUUUGCUGAAUCCAGAACUGAUCAUCAGUGAACAACUGCCAGCAAUCCUUAAAGCACAUGGUGCCCUGAUGUUAAUAUCCUGGAUGACCACUGGCAGUUUAGGGAUGAUCAUAGCACGCUAUUUAAAGGCGGUUGCCAAAGGAAAAGGCUGCUGCGGUAAAGAUUUCUGGUUUUUGGCUCAUGUGACACUGAUGUCCAUCUCAGUUACUGCCACAGCAAUUGCAUUCAUACUGGUGUUUUCCCAUGCCCAGGAUUGGAGUGGGGGGGCCCAUCCUGUACUGGGCUGUUUGGUAAUGAUUCUCAGUCUUAUUCAGCCAAUUGUUGCUGCUUUUCGUUGUGAGCCGCAACAUGAAAGGAGAUUCAUCUUCAACUGGGCUCAUUCCUUCAUUGCUUUAGCUGUCAAAGGCCUUGCAGUGGCUGCAAUUUUCACUGGUCUGUCACUGAUUGAAAGCUCUGAGGAGGAUGAUUGGAUGUUGAAAGUUAUGGGAGGUUUUGUUGCCUGGGAGGCCCUGAUGUUUAUUCUACAGGAUCUGAACAUGCGCUCUAAAAAACAAGAUUCUGAGAUCUGCUCUUUUGAUGGGAUAAGCCCUGAAAUUGUCCUGCUUAUCCUGUUUCUACUGGGAAACCUGGCCUUCUUGAUAGCACUUCUUGUUGGAAUAGGCAGAGCAGGUUAAGAAAGUCCAAUAUGCCAUAGCCAGAUUUUGUAUGAGUAUUUUAAUAAAAGCUAUUUGUUUAUAUUUUCUAAUUAACUCAAGAUGUCAUCAUUUCUAUUUCCAUAUACUCUAAGCCCAGAAUAAACUUGACUCUUUUACAUAAUGUUUGUUAUGUUUCAGUUCGUACGGUCAUCUUUCUGGGUUAAUACUAAUUAGAGAUUAACUAUAACCAUUGUGCCUUUGAGAAAAGACCUUAACUGUGCGUUGCUAGGAGAGAGUCCUCACAGUGACUGUAAGAUCACUGUGAGAUGCUCCAUGAGAUGAAAGAACAAUUGUGAAAAUUGAGAUGCCUUAAAUGUCAAAAUGCAAUCGUCAAUUGCAAAAUGUUUGCUUUAAACAUUGGAAGACAUUGUAACUUUUAUUCAUGUUUGUUGAAUGUUUUAAAUACAGUUAACAUAUACUGUAUAGAGAUAUUUUAUUGUCAGAAGUCGUACAGAUGUAGACCAACAUGAGAGUGAGUAAAUGAUGCCAGAGUGUUAAUUUUGUGGUGAAUCCUGUUCAGUGAACUAUGUUUUGUAAUUUGAUCAGAACAAAAGUGAAUCAACCACUAGAUGGCAGUGUCAUAUCUAUUAUUGUUUAGUUCCAAGCAACUAAUAUUUGUAAUGUACAUAUCCAAAACAAAUCAGGAGAUUAAUUAUUUUACGGAAAUGUAUUCUGACAUUUUAUAGACCAUUAAAUGGAACUGUUUUUAUUUAUUUCCUGCAUUCAUAAUUGAUGAAAUGCUGAGACAAAUCCAGGAAAGAUGAAGUCUUAUACUGAAAGACUGAACUAGUUAAAUCAGACCAAUCCGUAAAACAAGAAGUAUGAUUCAAAUCAGAAAAGUGUUUUAUACAUUAACAAAGGUCUUUUAUUGCUUUUUAUACUUGUACUAAUGAACAACUCUGCUAUUAAAGUCAACAUAAAAUGGCUUUUA